CCUCUCUUACUCUCCCUAUUGAUUUUCCGGGUGGCAAGUUUGCUCCCCUGCGCACGCAGAUAGGAAAGCAGCAGCAGCACGCACCUGGCUUUGGUGCUUGGCGCCACUCGCACCUCUGUGUUAGUUGAUGCUGUACUCGCUUGCGCAGCAUCAGUUGGCAGCCGAGUGAGCUCGACGAUGUGAGCAUCGUCUCCCUCUAUACUUGAGAGAGAGAGAGAGAGAGAGAGAGCACAAGGCAGGUUACUGACAAGCAGAGACACACACACACACAUAUACAGCGGGUUGUCUUGCAUAGCGAGAGAAAGAGAGAGCCACAAACCAAAGAGAGUGCCAACUCGAGGCGGAGAUCCACGUGCAAGUGGAACAGUACAGCGAGUCUUAAAAAAAAAGAAGAAGCGAGGCAGUGCGUGUUGUGCGUGGAUGGUGGUGGUGGUGGGUGGGUUUGUUUGGUUUUACACCAGUUAUUUUUUCUACGGCUGUGAAGGGAAGGCCUCGUAAGGGGCCGGCGAAAUCGGCGCGACGGCAGAUGUCAGGAUGCCGGAACAGAGCAAUGACUAUCGGGUCGUGGUGUUCGGCGCUGGUGGCGUCGGCAAAAGUUCACUUGUAUUACGAUUCGUGAAGGGCACCUUUCGUGAAUCCUAUGUACCCACCAUCGAGGAUACCUAUCGGCAGGUGAUAAGCUGCAACAAAAACAUAUGCACGCUUCAAAUAACGGACACAACGGGGUCCCACCAGUUUCCCGCAAUGCAACGGCUCUCGAUAAGCAAAGGCCAUGCCUUCAUCCUUGUCUACUCGGUGUCCUCGAGACAGAGCUUUGAGGAGUUAAGGCCCAUCUGGACUGUCAUACAUGAGAUCAAAGGACAAGAUACCUCGCAAAUACCUAUUAUGCUGGUGGGCAACAAGUCAGACGAAUCGCCAGCUAGAAGGGAGGUGACGGAGAGCGAAGGUCAAGCGGAAGCGGAGCGUUGGGGCUGUGGAUUUUUGGAGACGUCAGCCAAGACCAAUCACAACGUGAACGCGCUGUUUCGCGACCUGCUCACACUCGAGAAGAAUCGAUCGGUCUCGCUACAACCGGUGCAGAGCAAUAACACAAACAGCCUUAAGGAGAAGUGCGUGCUCAUGUGAACGCUGCGAUGACGACGAUGAUACCUCAAGCGCUGCAUCGACUCUGUCUCUCUCGCUGCCUUUUCAUUCAACGUUGCUUGAAAGCUUAGCUUCUCGGUUUCCCUCGAAAAGCUUCUCAAUAUCCGAAACCUAGCAACUCGAGCCAUUGCACGAGAAGAAGAGUGCCUUUGACGACAUGCCAAAAGCUAUCUCUAUCAGGACUGCCGAGAUUUUAUGCCCCCGAGCAUCCGAGAAUAUCGUCCCCACUUCACGUAAUUGAAUCGUCGCCUCCGCGUCACGUGCGCCGUCGCUUGUCAACGAGGUACAUAGAUUUCUUUCUCUCUUUUGCCAUCUGCUUCCGUUUCAGAGAAAAAUGCCUUCGGAAAUUAGUCAGAGACGAAAGCUGUUGCGAAAACUUUGUUCACGAUCAAACUGUAGCUAAUUGAUUUUUGACUUCCCCUUACCAAACGAGAAAAUCAAUAUCGAGCUUGCGGGCCGACAGAGAAAAAGAAAGAAGACUAAUAGCUUUUUUUUCCUUUCUACGCCCUCCCUUUUUUUCGUUUUCUCUUCCAAUCGAUUGGAAGAGUUGUCUCAACCCGCCUCACUGAAUUACAAUAGUGUGCCUAUCCAAACGCUGAAAGCGUCAUUGAAAAUCACACGCGACAAAUGGCAAUUCGGUGAAAAUCUCAUUAAACGGCAAUCAUAGGGCGCAGAAACAAUAAAAUAAUCGUUCGCGCAAUAAAAGCCCAGUCGAAGAAAUGAAUUUUACAGCAACGGUUCUUUAUUUCUCCGUCAAUGCAAGCAACACAAACAAUGCGACCGAGCAGUAGCAAACUCCCACACUAGCAGCAAAAUGGCAAUACGCAAAAAUUCCUACGUACACAAUAAUUGUUUCGUCUCUAUCUUCUUGUUUUCCUAUCCCUAUUAGGUGACAAAAGAGAGACAGAGAAUAGGUUAGAAAAAGACAAAAGCAGUUGACGUUUCGCUAUUUUUCUCAUUAACCUCGCGCCUCUACAUUUAUUUGAAAAAGUACAUAUACGUCGCAAUUCCUUUUGUAUCGUACGUAAAGGUAAGCGACAGUUUGCUGAAGAAUAAAUGUAUAUAUAAAGCGGAGAGUAAUUUCCCUAUACAUCGCACGCACAAAGCUGAGCGCGAAAAGGAAACAUACUGUUUAGCGCGCCCAGAAGAAAUUAGCGAAACAACGGCGAUACGAUCACGCAUACGCACGCACACAUUGAGCGCGCCCUCUAUAAAAAACCAAACUUACGUAUGAAUUGUUAUUGUGGAGAUUGGUUUUUGUUGAAUAGUUGUGUAAGGUCUUUUUGUAAUAUUACCAUUUAAAAGGUUUAUUAAUCGCCGUGUGCGUAUAUAAUACAUCGCUGCAUAUAUAAAGAACAAAAGCCAGAAAGAUUAUGCAUAUAAAAGAUACGAAAAAAGAGAGAAAUAAUUAGACACGCCGCGAUGAUGAGGACCGGUAGGCGAGAGAUGAUACGUUUUUGCAGGUGAAUGCAUAUGACAGUUAUACACUAGUUCGUUUAAUUUUCAACAAAAAUUGAACGACCCGUCCGUGUGAAAAUUAAAAAAAACGAUAUGCUCAGGGCUAUGUAGCACGCAGAUUAAUCUCGCAUAGUGGUAACAAAACCAACGUAUUCAACGUUCAGUAAAAAAGUGUACACACAAAUACGAGGGUUAUCAUUCGGUAGUGGCGCAAAUAAAAGUAUAUAUGUGUCCACGCGUGUGCCAGUGUCGAUGUAAUAAUAAUCAUGACUUUAUGUUAUUUUUAAUAGAAACCCGUGGUAUUCCCAGAGUAAUACAAAAUAGACAUCAGAUAGAUAACUUAUUGGACAUUACUGUCAAAAACAGGCGUAUAACAAGUAAUAAAAAAGAAAAAAAAUAGAAUUGAAAAAAUCACGAAAAAUAAGUAAUAUAGUUCUAGUUUUUAUGUGCAGACAGCUUUCACGAAGCUAUAUAGUCGCGUUAUUCACUUUAUUUAAUCUCAUGGCGGCUUUUUAUCUUGCGCCACAAAAUAUUGUAUUCCAUCCUGUUUUUAGCGUUGAAAUAAUGUACGCCGGAUAUGAAAUAAUGUAAAAGAAAAAGUCGAUGAUGAGUGUCGUUUCAGUCGUUCAGUGUUAUAUUCAUCAAGACAAUGGCAUAUGUAAAUAAAAAAGGAUGAACACAUUACGCUUUCUUAAUUUCAAAAAAGAAAGCUUGUUACACGCAAUCAACAUCAUUGUUCCAUCGGUUAAAUAGCAACAUAAUGAUUACCAUAUCAAGAAUAUAUUCAUAUGACACCAAUUAAUAAAAGAAGAAAGAAUAAAUAAAAAUAAUUAUUAUAAAAAAGUAUAUUAUACAACAACAUAAAAAUUAUAAGUCGUUGUUGUAAUCUCGUUUUUACUUGAAAAUUAUAUAGUGAUAAUUAUCGACAUGUAAUAACCAUUUGCAUAAAACUUGUAGCAUGCAUUUUUUAAAAGUGACUUACAUAUCUCGCAUGACUUUUACUCAAUUAAAUACGUAAAUGAUGAUAUAGAAAUGUUAUUUUAAAAGUAACAAGUAUUGUAGAAUUUAAAAAUUGUAGUAGAAAACUUAAGAAAACAUUGGUAUGCUGGGAGAAAUGAGAAUGAAGUUGGAUCUUAUGAAAUAAUUCUAAUAUACAUUUACAGUUGUAGAAGUCAACCGAGUUAGAGAUUAUUUUUUGGUGAGAUAAUUUCAAUGAUUCAGUACUUUUUUUAUGAUAUCAAUAGUUUUUUUAUCGUAGUCAAUAAAAUAAUACUUUAUACAUCUCUGACACUAAAAUGUCAAGGAAAUUAAGUAAAAAACAUCGAUUAAUUCAAUAAAUAUGCAUAUGACUUACAACGAUAUUUAUUGUUUCCAAUCGAAAUCAUAUCUAGAUGUGAUAACUUAAUAAUUUAAUGGCUUUAAGACUCAAAGUAACAGCUCGAGAUUAUUAGUGCGACUUUGAGUAAUCUUCUAAUUUUUCGGGGCCAAUUGAAGAUGUUGCGGAGAAUAUGUCAAAAACUAAAGAGCACGCACAAAUUAUAUAGUUGCACGUCAAUAAAUCUUUCAACCUAAGACAUUCGGAUACGUUACUUUAACACUUUUAGUUCAUUCUUUUCAGUUACAGACAAAAAAUAACAACACGUGCAACGUAAGAAAUUUCUUUGGAUUACAUUUUAAUAUUCUACUAUCUUUUUUACUUACAUUAUAUAUCUCAAGAAAAAAGGAAUCUUUGAAAUAGCUAUGUAACUAUCAUGUGUAGUAAUUACAUAUAAGUAUACUCUCUAAAUAAUUAUAUCAAGUCUUUCACAACUAUAGCGAAUCGUUAAGUACAACAAAUUAUUCUGUGAAUAAUUUUACGUCUUUAUAUUAUUCAAUUUCCGACGAUAGCAUAUGUAAGACCCUUUAUUCUUUCGCAUAUAUGUCCAAAAACUAUCUGUUUGAACUUCGACAUAUUAUAUCAAGCUCAUAGAUUCUUCCUUACAGAAUGAUUUUAAUGAAUUAUCGAAUAAUUUAAGAAUUUAGAAGAUAUAGAAACAAUCUGAGACUAUCUACAAAUAUUUAAACAUUAUAAUAAAUAAAUCUAUAUAAAUCAUAUUUCUUGAGCUGGUACAAUGAAAAUAAUUCAUUAUAUGGUAUACAUAUACGAUGCGUUGAUAUAAUUUUUAAUUUCUUACUAUGGUGGAAAUAUAACUUUGAUUUUAUUAUAUCCAUAUUAAUUGGUCAAUUAUAAAAACGUAUUAUAAAUUUAACUAUAUCUAUUUUUUCAAUCAUGCCAAUUUCAUAUUAAUAACGUAAAUCAAUUUUUUUUCAUCAUUCGCAUUUAUAUGUAUUAAUAUAUUCAAAAAUAUAUUAUAUAAUAAUACGUUUCUAAGAUGAAUAAUCUAUUUAAAUUACUUAAUAAUUUGAAAUGAAUCAUUCAAUUUUUAGAUUUAAUUAUUCUUCGAAUAAUA